CUUCAUCCACUGUCUCCGUCUAUUUAUCAGGGCACUCCGUUGGUUGAACUCAUCUGAAACGACUUUCUCCACCUGUUGAUACCGACACAACGGACAACCCAGUGAUUUGUUACAUACGCUGAACCUUGGGUCAAGAUGGUCUUUCAACCUCCCUCAUGGGUCCCUGACAUCACCACCCAGAUUUCCCCAACUGCUAAUGUCGCUGAAUGGGCACUCGAGAGCCGACGUGCCACUGGUAGUGUUCGCUCACCUUUCAUCUGUGGCUUGACGGGUAAAAAGUAUACCCUCAAGGAAGUCCGAGAAAAGGUCAAUGCUCUGGCCAAGGCCUUGUGCAAUGAGCUGAAGUGGUCGCCUAACCAGGGCACUGCUGAAGACAAGGUCAUUGGUGUUUUGGCUGUCAAUUCGCUUGACUUUCUCGUUGUUUGCUGGGCAAUUCAUCGCAUCGGUGGAAUUUGUCUCCUUCUUCAGCCAACGACUUCACCUGUUGAGAUUUCAUCGCACAUGACCAAGGCCAAGUGUGACAUCCUCAUCACAUGUGAAGAGCUGUUACCCUCUUGUAAGGAGGUCUUGAACCGUCUGCCUGUCGCACCACGAAAGAUCUUCUCCAUCAACACGAGCAACACUCAAUUGCCAAACUUUGGAGGAGAGAUCAAAUGCGUACCACAGCUUUACAAAGAGGGCAGUGAGCUUCCUGAGCUCGAGCAACUCCAACCCAAGGAUGCCCACACCACGAUUUCCUUCUACCUGACUACAAGUGGAACUUCAGGACCUCAGAAACUCGCCAAAAUCACGCAUGCCAACUUGAUCGCCAAUGUCAUCCAAGCAGCCGUCUUUGAGAGCUCAGCUGGGUACAAACACCCUGAUAUCGGCCUUGGCGUCCUGCCGCUCAACCACGGCUACGGUCUCGUCACUACCCACGCUAUGUUUGCAAGAGGCGACUCAGCUGUUCUCCACCCGAACUUCAACAUGCAGUUGGUUCUCAAAUCGAUCCAAGAGCACCGCAUCUCUCGUCUGUACCUGGUUCCUCCCGUCAUUGCAGCUCUUGCCGCAAACCCAGUACUGUUCGAGAUCUUCGACCUAUCUUCCGUUCAAGAUGUUGUUCUUGGUGCUGCAGCAUGCAGUGAUAGCGUUACGAAGAAGAUGAAGGCCUUGAUGCCUAGCUGGAGUCUUCUAGUCGGAUACGGUCUGACUGAAUGUGUUUCCAUUGUGACGUUCACUCGCGCUGCUGACAUCAUGCCUGGUUCGAGCGGUUGUCUGUUCCCGUCCAACCAGGGCCGUCUUAUCGAUCAAGAUGGACAAGAGAUCACCACGUAUGAUACUGCUGGAGAGCUAUAUCUUAAGUCAGCGGCCAUGAUCCCAGGCUACCUAGGUGAGGAUGAUGCUAUGAGAGCCAAGUUUACUAUUGAUGGCUGGUUGCCCACUGGAGAUAUUGGCUUCUUCCGAAGGAGUCCUCACGGUGAUGAUCAUUUAUAUCUGGUGGAUAGACUCAAAGAUAUGAUCAAAGUCAAGGGCCUACAAGUCAACCCCGCUGAGAUCGAAGAGCUACUCCGAGUGCAGCCUGGUAUUUCUGACGCAGCAGUAAUUGGUGUUGUAGACGAUGAAGCAGGUGAACGGCCCCUUGCCUUUGUCGUCCCAACCAAGCAGGAUAUGACCAUACAAGAGCAGAAGGAGCUCAUCUUGAAGUUGGAUGAAAGCAUCAAGGCCCAACUUGAUGAAACACAUUGGCUGCGCAAGCAGAUCCGUUUUAUUGAGGAGCUUCCCCGUGGUCAGAGUGGCAAGGUGCUAAAGAAGGUCCUGAGAGAAAAGGCAAAGAAGAAGGAUCAGUCAGUGAAUGGAGCUAAUGGGACAAACGGCGAUCACCCGGUAAAGAGUAUCACUGGAGCGAGUGGAAUCCAUGCACAAAACGGGACAGGCGAAGCGACCCCGGUUUAA